CGGUUAAGGCAACAAACACAAAACAAUCUCUGAGCGGAAAACGGAAACGUAAAAUGCGUGUGAUUUGACAUUGAAGCAUAGAUAUUGAGAUACAGAUACAGAUACAGAUACAAAUAUAUAUCUACAACUACAACUAUCAGUCAGAGAUCUUCUCAGCAGUAUGUCCGCCUGUUACAACGCCUACAAUCCAUCGCAGUCCUUUGAGUUUGAUGAGGAUGAAGACGAUGAUGCCUCAUUCGACAGUGGCUACGAGAAGAGCUUCGAGACGGAUGCCAAUGCCAGCUCCCGUCGUCGUCUGGACUUUGAGGAGCACUACAACAACAGCACGGCCAAUGCCAGCGCAACUCCGCCCGUUCCAGCUCCAUUGGGAUAUGCCGGCGGCUGGGAUGUGUCGGUUAACUCUCCACCGGCUGGCUUUGUGGGUCUCCUGGACACCAGCAGCAAUCACAGCACACGCAGUGGUCGCACGCUGGUGGAGCAUCUUAAUAGUCGUGCUCCAGCGAGUAGCUUUGAGCCACAGCUGACGAGCACGCCCGUGAAGUCGCCGGAAGAUCCGAAUGCGCCACGACCAAAGCGUAAAUAUGCCGUCGGCAAGAACAGAGUCACCCGUUCACGGAGUCCCUUGCAGGUGGUGCGCAUCAAGAAGUUCCGUCGCAUGAAGGCCAACGAUCGCGAGCGGAAUCGGAUGCACACGCUCAACGAUGCGCUGGAGCGGCUGAGGGUAACUUUACCCUCGUUGCCGGAGGAGACAAAGCUGACAAAGAUCGAGAUACUUCGCUUUGCCCAUAACUACAUCUUUGCGCUGGAGCAAGUGCUCGAGAGUGGCAACACCAUCAACCUGGACCUGGAGAAGCUGCAGAACUUUACGCUGAGUGGAGAGCGCAUCACAAAGGAACUCUUUGAAGCUCUCUUUGUGAAUCCCCAGCCAUUCCCCAUGUUCGGUAGCGGAAGAAUCUUUCCCUAUGGACCACAUUCUCAGACACCACAAAUGCACUACCAAGGCAAUCAACCCGUGGAUUAUCAGUCAACACAGCCACCUGGUUUCGACUUUGGCAGCAGCAUGCGCUUCUACCAACAACAACAACAGCAGCAGCAGCAGGAGCAGCAGCAUCAGGAGCUGCACUCGGAGCCAACUGUUUCAGGUCACUUUUCUCAGGAGAAAUAUGAUCUGUUUCGCAGCAACUUUGAGGCAGCCGCAAAUGCAACGGCAUUGCCAACAUCUGAGCCAGCUCUUCAUCACCAGAGCAGUUUCUACACCCAGACGCCACCCUGGAAGGAUUACCAGGAGGAGUCUGUCCAGCAGCAGCUCAUGUACAAACAGUUUGCUCAUCAGGUAUAGCAUAGUUUUGGGGGCAUCAUUGGUGUCAGUCUUCUCUCUGGGUGAUAUGUUCGACACUGUGCAGUCUACGACGGCGCUUUAACCUGGCCAACUCCA